CUAUCGAAACAACAAUCAGAAUAGGAAUAAUAGUUUCAGUAAUAGACCAAAUAACUACAAUAAUAGUAACAACAGUCAGGCUUCAAGCAGUAGAAAUAACAAUCAAACGCGUUCAAAUACACGAAAUUCUGCCAAUGUUCGGACUUUAAACGCCGAAGCCCCUCAGGCGCGAACACUGGGGGAGCUAGACUUAAACAACUAACGACUUUUACAGACGAAAACUCCAUUUACUGCCUAAAUCUCAACUAUUCCGAUUUCAUUGAAAUAAAUUGUAGUGAUUCUCACAAACAAUGCACUUUUUUAGUAGACUCUCAAGCAGACAUUUCGCUUAUAAAAUUUUCAAGCCUAACAAGCAAAUCCGCAAUAAGUAGCAAUAACAUUAUCUAUAUCACGGGCGUAACAUCAGAAACGGUCCAAAUCUUGGGCACAAUAAAUACAAAUUUGGUAGUAUCAGACAUUUUCAUUCCGCACACUCUUCACGUUGUAAAUGACAGCUUUAACAUUCCUUCGGACGGCAUACUCGGAAAAGACUUUUUAAAAAUAAACAAAUGCAUAAUUAACUAUGCAAACGAUAGCAUAACCAUUGGUUUGGGGACAGAAAGGAUCAGCGUUUCUAUUUUUCAUGGUACUACUACCGACAGCUUAGUAAUUCCACCUAGAUGCGAAGUUUUUCGGUUAUUUAAGUUGGGUAAAUCCAAAAACCCUGUUUUUGUAGACGCUCAGGAAGUUUGUAGUGGUGUUUUUACAGCGAAAUGUAUCGUUGACACGAAAAACCCGAUACUAAAACUAAUAAACACUACGGACGAAGUAAAAUACGUAAGAAAUUUCAAUAUUCAAACCGAAGACAUAAAAAACUUCAACGUUUAUAAAAUUAACGAACCCACAUCUGAUCCGAAACGCAUCGUAGAACUAAAAUCGAUUUUAGAAAAACAAGUACCCAAUUAUGCUAAAAAUAAAUAAUAAAGAAAUUGAAUGGCAAAAAAAUGAUUCAUUCUUUGAACAAUUUUCGAUUACAGACUUAAAAAUUAGUGGAAACAAAGUUUUAAAAUCGUUACAAAUUAUACUAACAGACCCUGUGGAAACAAUAACUGAAGACGACAAGAAACUUAAACUCAUGACAAUUUACCAUAACGACCCGAUAUCAGGCGGACAUUGCGGAAACAAAAAACUCUAUGCAAAAUUACGUACAAAAUACUAUUGGAAAAAUAUGACACGCGAUAUUGCUAAAUUCGUAAAAAGCUGUGAGAAAUGUUUAUUAAAUAAAGUAAAACCCAAAACUAAAGAAAAUUUAGUACUAACCCCAACGCCUUGCAAGCCCUUUGACGUUGUAGUUAUAUACACAAUAGGACCCUUGCCUGAGUCCAUUAAUGGUAAUAG